GGAAAACUGCCGCUAGAAGUCUCGUUUGACGUCGCAUGUGCGCACAAAUACAACGGUCGAGUUUCGUUUGUGUCCGUUGAAUAUUCUUUUCUGCUUGUGACAUCUGCUUCGAGGAUAUACAGCCUUUGAUGUAGCCAGCCAGCAGAUCACAUACGUUGUUCUCAUGGCUCCCGUAGAACAGCUUCGACGUGGCAUUCUUGAAGCCGCAUGACGUGGGUAAUGUAUGCGGUUGCCUACUUCAAGAACGACGGAUCCCGGCGAAAAGUUUGUUCUUUGUUAUGUGCUGCGCUUUUCCUCAAACCACUGAGUACGCGCCGAAAGGGCAUCAAACAACAAGUGGCGAUUACAACGCUAAAUUUCGGGCCCUUCUGUGACGUGUCCCGACGCAUGCUGACAACAAUUUCCACUUGCACGGAUAUUUUGACAGAUUGUGCACAAAAUUCGCAAAUUUAUUCAAACAGAAGCGAAGAUAGUAGCUUAUCAGGUGAAAAAAAUAGGAAAGCCUGUCAGAAAGUGAUGCAAAAAGGAAAACCACCAGUGCUGCAGUUUUACAUACCUAGCACGAAAGCAGCUCUGUGAAGCUCCCGGAGAGAUCCAUGCUUCACACCAUCGUCGCAACGUUGUGUUGCCUCUGAAGCAAGAAGCCUUGACCAGUGGGUGUUUUGAUAACGUACGUGAGGGUGAAUUUAUCGAGUACAGAUCGGAUACGUCGUUCUCAUGGCUCCCGUAGCACGAUGCCUUCUUCUUACUACAAACGUUACUCUAUGGACGGUGGGUGCAGCGCUGCUUUCUGGUGGCCUGGUGGCACUACUCCGUCCCGAGUGGGAGAUCUCUCGUGUCUUACUGGAUGACGACAGCGGCCGACCGCCAGCAGAGAUAGCCGGCUUCUACGUCGUUUCUGGUGGCAUGCUUCUGCUAAUUUCCAUGCUGGGUUGUGGACGGCUCCUGCGGAGAGCGCUAUGCAUGGAUGGUGGGGUACGUGAGCUUGAUGUCGCUGGUGACGGCUGCAUUGACCGUCUAUCUGGGACUGCAACUCAACGCCUGCAUUCAAGGAACGAGUGCGUGCACGCUUUGUGUCCACCUAAUGAAACACGCUGUUCACGGCGCUGGAGUACGCCUUGGAUUGGCUUUUCGCGCUUUGAAUUGUUGUACACAAAGACGUUAAGAUUUGUGCACAAUAUAGUUCUUCAGCUCAAUGAAGAAGUCGCAACUUUGCCGACACUCUUAUACUUAUUUUCUACUAAAACAUGGGAAAAGCGUUCACGCUCCCAAGUUUGCCAUGGCGUCAAAACAUCUCUCGUGUGCACGAAAAAUUUUGAUGUGAACAGUCGGCGACACUGGAGCAUCUUGGUGCAGUCGCUGGCGGUGUUUGUUUUGUUGGUGACAUUAACCCUGGCCACGACUGUGUGCUGCAAGGUUAGGGCCCGCCGAGGCUACCUGGCCGUGCCUCUCUGAUAUACUUUGUGGAGUGCCAGUGACAAUAACCGAAAUUCAAGCACCCGUACAGUGAUGCACGAAGUAGUGGCGUUUGCGGAAGCUGCACCAUUGAGAUUAAGCAUGGUGCGCUCUCUCUCAUUUUGUUGUGACUUUCGCAGCAUUAGCCAAAGCACAAAAGAAGCUCUUCUUUCUCGCAGCUCACCCCGUUCACAAGAAAUGUGAAAUGUGUAGAGAAAAUAACAAUCGUUCAAAAAUCUAACUUACCAUUUAGGUACUAGAAUUGCUUUGCAAAACACAUAUUGCAUUUGUGUGCACAAAGAGUAUCGCAGACACCAUCGCUUUCAGGAAGAUCGUCGCUUGCCGCACCACCACCUUGCUGUGUUUUGCAGACCACUCAAAUUCCGGAUAGGAGAAGGUAGGAGCUUUAAUGUAUGCAUGCUGAAUAGGGGCUUUUUUUAUACCUACAGGGAUCCAGGGAAUAAAUAGAAUGAACACGAUAGAAACUGAAUUGCCAUUCGCCUCAUUCAGAGAGUUGCUACGCAGUUCAUGUGUGUAUGCUUCUUUCCUAUCGUUCAUUAUGUCAAGGGGCUUCCAGUGACCCCUAUAAAAGGGUCCUGCAUAAAGGGGUCUUGUUUAUCGGAGUAAGCAUCCGAUGGCUAUUAUAAAAGAACUUCAUGUCUCGAGAAUCGGCCCCUAUAAUUUUUUUAAUUCGUCAAGUAUAAGUGGUGUGACAAAUUUAUUGCACGCUUUAUUUUUUAUAUUGUCACACGCCAUGAUGAACAAUAAGAAAUGUUCCAUCAAGGCAAUAAAGACGACAACUAAAAUAG